AUGGAUGUACAUAUAUCAAUAUUAGGAAUGGUGUUUGCUUUAAUUUGUUUUAGUAAUAGUGCUCUUAUACAUAAAAAAGAUACCGGAGACAGAGAGUUUAAAAAUUUAAUGUCAUUAACGAGUACAACAGAGAAAAUGUUAAAAGAAAUAAGUAGAGACAAUCAAGAAUUAAAUGAUAAUGAAGAAUUUAAAACGUACGAUCCUAAAUUAUUUGAAGGCCACCGACUCCGGCUAUUAAAAAGAAUGGUUAAGACAAUGGAAAGGCGUCGUCCAAGGCGGAAUAUUCUAGGAAUCCUUAAGGAUAGUGUGAGCAACAAUCUUUCCGAUCUAUUACUACACGCAUUAGACGAAGAACCACCCUCAGAUUAUAAAUUUCGUGGUAACUUGUGGAAAUAUUCUAGAGACCCUGCAUGGGGAGAAAGAGAGAGUAAACAAUCUCAAGAGAAAAACGUUGAUCCUAUGAUGAAUUUGAUAGGAUUAGGCAAACGAUAA